GAAAGCUUCUGCCUCCUCUAUAUAAAGAGAGCGAGUUCUAAAACAAUCAUUCAUGAAGCAAAAAAAAAACAAAAAAAACUUUUUGCUCUGACAUUAAUUACCUAUACCGAAAUCAAAAGCCAAGUUAUGGGGGACCAAAUUCCGUUGUUGCAUAGACGAAGAAAGAUUAGAGUCAAUGGUUUUGCCAUUGAUUCUUGUCACAUAACGUUAGCAAAGUGGAUUUUUCAGACAUAUCCAGAAACUACAGACCAUGUCAAAGUGCAAAACCAAGCUCUCAGGAAUACUUAAAUGAACCUUCUCUGCGACAUCAUCGGGAUACUUUACCACACGCCUCUUGGUUAUCUCACCGAAGCAGAAUUGAGCAAAGCUUCAAAGGAUAUGUGUGAUCUGACACAAGCCGGUUUUAACCUGGAUUGGUUGCAGUCAAAGCUUGACAUGGUUUCCUUGGAGAAGAAGACUUCUGAAGAACGGAUUCUGGAACUCAAACUAGAGGUCAAGAAACUCGUGAUGACUGCGACUGAUCUCAAUAGUGAGAGGAAAAAGGAGAAGAAGAAGUUGAAGAAGCAACCAAGCUGGAUACACGCAACAAAAGAUGGGCGACUAUAUUUUAAUUUUUUCUAAAACACUUUAGAAUAACAUAAUGGUUAUUUAGGGUUAUCUAAUCUUUUUUUUUUUUUAAUAUUAUUAUUAUGGAUUGUUUAUCUAGAAACAAUAAUCAUGUAUUAUUCGGAAAAAAACAUAAUUAGAUACCCCUACGUUUUCUGUAGUAGGUUUUCUAG